AUGUAUGCAUAUGUUGAAUUAUCGAAUGUAGCACGAACGGAUUCUAUCAUUCAAUCGUUAUCAUGGAUGAAUUUUACUUCAACGGCAUCAAAUACCGAUCAUUCUGAAAGUUCUCAUGACGGAUGGCUAGCUACUGGGAAUGCCAAUCAUAUCGUUAGUGUUACAUACACAUCAAUAAAAUCCGAUGAAAAUUUAAUUCCACUCGACCGUACCAAUUUCAAUCUACGUGCACAUCGAACGGAAGUUCGCUUAGUCUCAUGGAAUGUUCCGUAUGAAAAACUCGCAACUGUCGAUGAGAAAGGUGUGAUUUUCGUUUGGGUCAAACAUGAUAAUCGCUGGUCAUUAGAAUUAAUCAACGAUCGAAGUCAUCCGGUGACUGACAUGGCAUGGUCCCAUGACGGACGUAUGACAGUGAUUUGUUAUGAAGACGAUUUCAUUCUCGCUGGAUCAGUUACUGGCCAACGUUAUUGGUCAACAGUAUUGAAUGUUCCACACGCGAAGAUUUCAGCUGUAACAUGGAUGCCUGAUGUUUCGCAUGUCAUCCUUGGAACGACAGGAGGACAGUUAAUUGUUAUGGAUCAUCAUGGAAAUACAACUGACAUUUUCCCGUUAUCAUCUCAGACGAUUAAACAAUUAGUUUAUUCGUGUAAUAAGUUCUAUCCUGAAGCGCCGGACAAUAACGCAACAAAAUUUGUUAAUGAAGAUUACAUUCUUGCAUGCAGUCUUGAAAACGGUCAGGUUCUCUUUCUAACACACUAUCUCGAUCAGUCGCCUAUUACUGUUGAUACGCAUCUUCAAAAUAUCAAGAUGGAUUGGUCAUCGCCUGGUGAAAUUCUUGCUGUUGGAGGUCAUCGAUGUUUAGAUGAUAUGAGUUAUGUCAAUGAAGUCCUGUUUUAUACCCGUCGUGGUGAAUUCCUAUAUCGCUUAACAAUUCCUCAAACGAGUCAAUCAUUAUCCGCGCUAUGUUGGGCACAUGGCAAUGAAAUUGUAUUUGUUGCCUGUGGUUGUUUUGUUUACACAAUCUGGAUCACCUAUAAACCUCUGCCGUCCAUGUUGACAUUGUGUCAGAUGAAAAUCAAAAAAGAACUGUUAUAUAACUCAAUACAAAAUCUUGAUAAACUUCAUUUGCCGAAUAAUUUGAAAGAAGAUCUUCUACGUUACUAUCGUUCAACUAUCAAAGGCUUUCUACCUGAUCAAAAGCAUUUGCAUAUAUUCGUUUGUAAUCCAUUAAAAUCUCAUCUACGUUUGCAAUGCACGAUGAAGCGUGUAGAUAAUGAACGAGACAAUCAAACAGCAGCAACCGCCACCACCACCACCACCACAGCGACAGCAAACAAUCUGUCUGGUGCUGUUUAUGUCCUGUAUCUCGAAUAUCUCGGCGGACUUAUUCCAUUGUUAACAGCUCGACGGACAUCCAAGCUCUGUCCGGAUUUCAUUAUCUACGAUCCGAAAAUCAAAACGAACCCGAUCUUGUCUUCAUCAUCAUCGUUCAAAUUGAAUGCAUCGCAUUCAUUCGCCAAACGAUAUUUAUCGUCAUCCAAAUCUCAUCCGAAUACUUUUCACAACAUUUCAAACAUACAUCAAUCGAAAUCGACGAUCAAUACGAACCGUUCGGGUUUAAUUACAAAUCGAAAUUCGAUCUAUGUUGCUGAUACAGGUGUUAACAAUGGAAGCGAAAAUCUACGAAUAGCAAAGAACAAUUCUGAUUGUAGUUCGGGCAAUGAUUCCGAUCAAGACGAUGAAGACAAUCUCAGUGAUUUGCAAGAAAAACAAUCACGAAAACGAUUAGCGAAUAAAGCUAACAAGCUAUGUACUAUAGCUGCUAACAUUUGGGGAACACGCUUUAAAUUCUAUGGUCAUUCCGCACAUCUGCCCGACGUUCUUGGUAGCGUGACAUACAAAACUUCGUUCUUGCACUUACAGCCACGUCAAAUGACGGUCACCGUUGCGAAUAGUUCUAAUAUUCGAAAACAAAAGCAACAGACGUUGCGAAACACUGCGACUAGAAAACAAAGGAACACGGUUGGCCGACAAACAAGACAGUCGAAACCGAAGAAACUGGAUACGAAAGACAAUGGUGAACUAUGUAGAACACGACAAAUUUCGUCAUCGCCUCACUCAUCUCGUCGUUUACAACGAACAUCCAUUGCGACGACGACUGUCAUUCAUCACUACCGACAAGCACAUGUCGAUUCAUCAAAUAUCGAUUCUUCGUCGACGUCGCCGAUUAAUUUAAGUCGCUCAACUUCUCCAGCCACUUCCAUUGCAAACUUCGUCCGUCCUAUUUCUCCACCUUGCAUUCAAGUCAAAGAGCCCCUGUCACCGAAAUUUACCCGUGCAUCAUCAAUUACGAUGACAAAUUAUCAGACACAACAUCGUCAUUGUUCGCCACCACCUACAGUCGUCACAUCGAUUACAAAUAAUAUCGAUGCAUCUACAGCCAGCGCAACAACAACAUUAAUCAUUGAUAACUCAUCUGAUUCUCAUAAUCAUGAAAAUGCAAAUAAUCGAACAUUGCUAAGUACCAUGUCUAAUGUUCCCGAGAACUGUUUCGAACCGGAAGCAUAUCGUAAUCUAUAUCCAUUGAAUAGUAAUCAGCAGAAGAAAUUAAGUUUCAGUGAUCCAACUCUGAACCAAACAACAAAACUUUCGCGUCGUCCACAAGCAUCGCCACAACAACAAAUAGUAUUGAAUAAUUCAACUACCACCGAUGCAUAUCUUCCAGUUUCGUCUCUUUCGCAAAAAAACUCUAAAGGUGACAAAACCAUUCAUACAGAUGACGAUAAUAAUGCGGCUGACGACGACGACGACGACGAUGGUGACAUUGAAACUCUUAGUUCACCCGAAGAAGCAACACCUAGAGAGAAUACCGUUAUCAAUAAAUCAUCUCGCAGAAAAUAUACAAGUCCACGACAUCGCAUGAUGACAUGUACGAGUGGAAUGAACGAUUCUAUGACGAAGCUUUCACCAUCAUCGGAUGUGGAUGCAACAUCUAAUCAAAAUGAUUCAUCAUUUUAUGUCAUGCAAAAUCGCCCACCUCUAUGGAAUGAACAGUCUCAAGUAUAUCAGUUAGAUUUUGGUGGUCGUGUUACACUCGAAUCAGCAAAGAAUUUUCAAAUCGAGUUCAAAGGCAAACAGGUUAUUCAAUUCGGUCGGAUUGAAAAUAAUUGUUAUACAUUAGAUUUCGAAUGGCCAUUUUCUCCUCUCCAAGCUUUUGCUGUUGCUCUUGCAAACAUAACUCAACGUCUUAAAUAA